AUGGUGACCGUGGUGAUGGAACUCAAUUGGGAUGACACGCCCGCCAGAGCACCAGGCAACUUCUCCGGGGAGAAGGUGUCUGGGCUGCAGCAGAUUCUCCGUGGUGGUGGCCGAGAUGUGGGCACCCAGCUCCAGGCCUCCAUCCUGCAGCUGAAUGAAGGCUACAUAAGAGAGUUCCUCUUUCCCAGCAGCCCCAGGCGGAGCCCAGGGUUGGUUCUGAUUUGCCAGGACCAGCUCUCAGGCCCCCAUGGGGACCUGGAGGAGGCGCUCGGCACCCUCAUGCUUCGCUUCACCAACGAGGGGAAGACGUGGCCCACGUCCUCCGGAGCCAAUCGUCGAGGUGGACGUAGCAGCCCAGGGACAGGGGGAUAUGAGACUUUCUACUCGGAAUAUCCUGAUUGUUGCGUGGACGUAGAACCCAUCUCCCAAGAGAAGAUUGAGACCGAGAGAGCCCUCAUCAGCCAGUGUGGGAAACCAGUGCUCAGCAUCAGCUACAGGCCAGCUCAUGACCAGGGCGGCCCAGUUGAAAUCCUUCCGUUCCUCUACCUUGGAAGUGCCUACCAUGCAUCCAAGUGCGAGUUCCUCGCCAACCUGCACAUCACGGCCCUGCUGAAUGUCUCGCGGCGGACCUCCGAGGCCUGCAUGAGCCACCUACACUACAAAUGGAUCCCCGUGGAGGACAGCCACACGGCUGACAUUAGCUCCCACUUUCAAGAAGCAAUAGACUUCAUUGACUGUGUCAGGGAAAAGGGAGGCAAGAUCCUGGUCCACUGUGAGGCUGGGAUCUCCCGUUCACCCACCAUCUGCAUGGCUUACCUCAUGAAGACCAGGCAGUUUCGCCUAAAGGAUGCCUUCGAUUACAUCAAGCAGAGGAGGAGUGUGGUCUCGCCCAACUUUGGCUUCAUGGGCCAGCUCCUGCAGUAUGAAUCUGAGAUCCUGCCUUCCACGCCCACCCCCCAGGUUCCCUCUUGCCAAGGGGAGGCAGCCAGCUCUUCCUUCAGAGCCCAUUUGCAGACACUGAGCCCUGAUGUACAGGGUUCCUACUACACAUUCCCUACCUCGGUGCUGGCGCCAGUGCCCACCCACUCGACGGUCUCAGAGCUCAGCAGGAGCGCCAUGGCCACAGCCACAUCCUGCUAAAACUGGAUGGGAGAACCCGCCCAGCCCCAAGAACAACUGUGAUUUUGCUUUUUAAACUGGUGGACAUUUCAUACCUGUGCAAUACUGAAGACCCCCUCUGUCCCGCUGCUCCAGUGGGAUAGCGAAGGGUCCCCAGGCUUGCAAACGAACUUCAGACUGACCUCGGGGUAGGUUCUCGGGACCGAAGGAAGGCCAAGCCAUUAUGAGAGCACAGCUUGUGCUGACUACUGUACUUCCAGACCCCCCUGCCCUCUCAGGACUGCCUAGUCCUGGCACCUCAAAGUUCGCCUUUUCAUUUCAAGCGUAAGGCAAUAAACACCUGCAGCAACAUGGGAGAAAGU